AUGGCUGGACAAGGCCGGCCAGAUUUCCAUUUGCGAGUUAUUCCUUGGAGCAAUGAUGUGUCUGGAAAUGUGAGCAAACAGUACAAUGCCCACACGAAUAUCUAUAUUUCAAAUGCAAACAUUCUGCACCAAAAGCUUGCACAAGAAUAUUUUGUCCGUUAUUGCUCAACAUUAGCUAUAGCAUCUUCUUCUGAGCAGUUUGUAGCUUUAUGUGAAGAUUUUGAUGAAAACCACUGGGAAGAAGCUUAUGACUGUGAACUCAAAGAGCAGAUUCUAUUUCAACUUAUUCCACAUUUUCUUCCAGCCAAUAAUCCUCAACAGUUGGAAACCACCUCACAUAUUGGGGUCAAUGGUAAUCAUAACUAUCGCCAAGAUCUGACUGGAGGAUUAGAGGCUGAAAAAGAGUCUGUUGAAGGCUACUCAGCUCUGUACCACACCGGAACUGCAUGGACAGUUGAACAAACUAUUCAAUGCAUACAGUACCAAGUCUGGCUUGCAUGCUUAGGAAAUCGGGAAGCAAUAUGCGAGGUUUCUACUGCUUCAGGAAUAAAGGACAAGAUUUCCCAAUUCUGGAUCAAGACCCUACUUCUGAAGUCUAAGGAACUGCAGGAUAUGCGCUUGAAGAGGCCUGAAACUCGUGAUCCUCAGCUUGCAGGACUGAAGGGAAUUGAUCCCUACAAAGAUAGCCCUGUUAAAUCACUUCAUACCUACUUACUUGGGAUUGAUAAGUAUGACUGGCAUAUCACAAGUAGCAGGUGGAACACUUUGGAGGAAUCAAUUUUUGCAACAUGGCUUGAAUACAAAAAUUCGCUUAUUGGAAAGCACUUCAAGACAAUACAGCAACUUGCGGUUUUUCACAUUCAUGAUCUCUGUACACCAUUGGUUCUUGACUUAUGGAAAGCCACGGGUGAGCUGGGGGCAUUCUUGUGGAUGGCAGAAAUACUUGAUAUGGAAGUCUUUCUGGGAGAUCUCCAAGUCCUCAUAGACAAUGUACUGGAUUGCUGGGCUGCAAUUGAUCCUCAGAGGAUCAUUACCAAGGUUAUGUUGCAUAUUCUCAUAUACUUGGUGCAGGAUAUCCACCGAUUCGGUCCUUCAGUUAUUUUUUCUACCAAAGUAUUGGAAUGCUUCAAUGCUGUCUUUCAGAUGUGCAGCAUUUUGUCCAACCAUCUCUCUCCAAGUCAUGAUAUUGCCGUAACUCUUGGGGAUAUGGAAUGCUUCAAGCACAUGGUGUAA